AUGGGAAGAAAAUGCUCACAUUGUGGAAACAUAGGUCAUAAUUCAAGAACUUGUAAUUCUUUAAGAGGAAAUGGUAACAAUUUUCUUGGAGUUAGACUCUUUGGUGUUCAACUUGAUUUAUCAUCUUCAUAUGUUUCCAUGAAAAAGAGCUUUAGCAUGGAUUCUUUUCCUACUUCAUCUUCUUCUCCUUCUUCUUCGUUUUCUUCUACAAGAUUAAUCAUUGAAGAUAGAAUAUCUGUGGGCUAUCUCUCCGAUGGUCUCGUAGUUCGAACACAAGAAAGAAAGAAAGGAGUUCCUUGGACAGAAGAAGAGCAUAUAAAAUUUCUUGUUGGACUUGAGAAGCUUGGAAAAGGAGAUUGGAGAGGUAUCUCAAGAAGCUAUGUGACAACAAGAACACCAACACAAGUUGCAAGUCAUGCUCAAAAGUACUUUAUUAGACUUUCAACUUUGAAUAAGAAAAAAAGACGUUCAAGUCUCUUUGACAUGGUUGGUAGCAUCAACACAAAUAGAAGAGUUGAUUCAAUCAACAAAGGAAAUUCAGUUGAUUCACUUCUAAUAACCUCAUUUCAACAACAAGAAACAAAAUCAACUCAAGUUGAAGAUUAUGCUGAAGAAGAACACGAAGAUGUGACUAAUUGGUUACAUCCUCUAACAAAAUCUUUGAAUAUGACAUUGGUGAUACCAAAUUCUUCAAAUGCAACACCACCUGAUCUUGAGCUAACUCUUGCAGUUCCCAAGUCUAACAACAUGGAACAAGAUGAAACAUCCAAGAGUUCUUUUUUUAAUGGUCCAAUUAGUGUUACUUAA